CCAGAAAUUCCCCAGAGUUCUACAACCAUCCGCUUCACCAUCCUCCACCUCCGCCUCUUGAUCGUCUCUCCUUCCCCCCACCUCUUCUGUCCCUUCACUCGACGUCUGCUUGCAUCUUCACUUUGUGCGUUGUGGUUUCUUCUUCUCUUUGUGAUACCCUUUUCGCCACUUUGUCUGUCCGACUCCGCUCGCCGUUUUCCGAGCACAGGCGCUUCUCUGGGGACCCCCGCCAGUCGUCAUUGGCUCGCUCGGCACUGCCAUCUUCUAGAACCCAGCCCAUAACAAGCCGUGCCCCAGCCGACGGUCGUCCACCCAAAGAUAACACAGCGAGCGAACGGCCCAGCGGAUGCAAACGCGAUAAAACCCAUAGCAGCACCCGUUCCUUUGCGUCGCUGCGUGCGAUGGCCUCACCGCCAAAGCCUUGGGAACGAGCUGGCGCAGGCGGAACUUCGACAGGCAUGACCUCAGAGUCAACGGCGGCAGCGCCCUCAUCAACGGCGACUGCGACAGCCACGGGAGCAUCCACGGCAGCGCCCUCGUUACCCCAAAGACCAAGCACCCUGACAUCAGUGGUAAAUCAGAAUGCAUCUGCAUACUCGACGUACGGCGCGGCAAACAGACCGUACGGCACGACCGCGUAUGGCGCGAGCCCCUACGGCGCAUAUGGAGGGUACUCAUCGUACACGUCUCCGUACAACCGCUUUGGAGCCGGCAUGAUGGGCUCCAUGUACGGUGGCUACGGUGGGUACAACGGAGGCAUGUACGGCGGCGGCUACGGUCCCGGCAUGUACGGCGGCAUGCCAGGCGAUCCGAACAACCCGCAGUCUUUGACUCAAAGCUUCAACCAGAGCACCCAGGCCACCUUCCAGAUGAUCGAAGGUAUCGUGGGAGCGUUCGGAGGCUUCGCUCAGAUGUUGGAGAGCACGUACAUGGCCACGCAUUCCAGCUUCUUUGCAAUGGUUUCGGUGGCUGAGCAGUUUGGCAACCUGCGGCAGACUCUGGGCUCUGUCCUGGGCAUCUUCACGAUCAUGCGUUGGAUACGCACAGCGAUCGCCAAGCUGACAGGCCGACCGCCUCCAGCAUCCUCAAAGGAGCUCACACCCGCCAAGUUUGCGGCUUUCACGGGUCGCUUGCCUGACGGCUCUCCAGCGCCGCCGGCGCCAUCGAAGAAGCCCUUUGUGUUUUUCAUGGUCGCCGUUUUCGGCCUCCCCUUCCUCAUGGGCAAACUCAUCAGAGCUCUUGCAAAGAAUCACGAAGAAGAAGAGAGACGGCGGAUGGCUGCCAACCCGGAACUUUUGGACGCUAACGGCAAUCUGGAUCCCAACAAGCUUGAGUUCUGCCGCGUCAUGUACGACUUCACCCCGGAGACCAACGCGCAGGUUGUGCAGGGGGUUGAUCUUGCCGUUAAGAAGGGCGACCUCGUCGCCGUCCUGUCGAAAUCGGAUCCCCUGGGCAAUCCGUCGGAGUGGUGGAGGUGCAGAUCGCGAGACGGACGGAUAGGCUACCUUCCGUCGCCAUAUUUGGAGCCAAUCCAACGAAGAACCCAAGCGCAGAUUACGGCGGGCGGCAGUACAAGUCAGCCGGUCAGCCCUGCCGGAAGCAGAGCGCAGACUAUGACGAACACAAUGUCUGCGCCGGACAGCAGGACGCAGACCAUGACUGAGAAGGUCCCCGCCAAGCCCCCGAAGAUCGAAGGCAAGCCAGGUGACAUCAGCGUCGAGAGCUUCCAAAAGGGCGGUUUCUACACUUAAGUAAUUCAAUGCGAACUGUAACAAAAAAAGGGGGUCAACUUGGGAUGCUAUGGUAGGAACUGUGCUUUCUUUUUUUCUGGGCUACAUUUCGCAUGUCCUCAGACCUGUUUCGUCUAUCGCUAGAUGAGCGGUUGCAUGGCGCUUUGGAGUUUCAAAUCCACAAAUGCGUGAGACUCGUUCUGGGUUAUCUCGGAUGGAAAAGAGUGUUUUUUUUUAUUUCUUAUUUCGAUGCAGAUAUUAAAAUGCUUGCAUGAAUCCAAACGUGCAGAACCCAAUGGCUUUUGACCUCACGCUACUUUGGUGUACUUCUUCA